GCUAUUGGAGAUCCAGACUGCCCCAUCCAACUGCGUCGAAAACCUCUCCCAGCUACGAGUACGAAUUAUUCAUCUACGCAACACGCGGGCCUUUUAGGCGAUAUUUGAAAUGGAUUCAAUAAAGGCGGUGAAUAGCCUUGCAUCUCGAAACAUCAAUCCUACGAACACGGCAAAACAUAACUUUUAGAUAACAUCAAACUGUCGAACAUGGACACGCUCCAUCUGAUCCCCACCAGAAGCUCUGCCUUACCGCCCAGCGCUCGAACCCCAAACAGCGACAAACCCUCAUCCGUCAUCAUCUUUCAACGAGAAGCCCACUUCAACCUCUGCCUUCGAUCGGUCCUUGACCUUCAGUGCAUUCCACUCACUGGCGUAUUCUGUGAAAUAUUGCCUAAAAACAUUAUCAAUACUGCACCAUAUGUCGCUGUACCCACGAAGACUUCAUAUACUUUGCCCUCCGUUACAACACACAUGAUCAAGGCGAAUAGGAAGAUAAAGGUUGCAGUUGUGAUCGCCAUCAUCAGAUGAGACAUUGGAAGAAGGAACAAAAGAAAGACAGGACACAUUAAAAUCAACAGGAUGCUAGAGACGAGCAAGAAUCGACCGACGCCCCUCUCAGCGGCAGGAGAGAAGAACGUG